AGUUAUAAUUGGCCUUGCUCUUCACUCUUCGUCUUCUGCAUUGAGAGAAGGAAGAUGGCUCAAGCGCUUGCGACGCCUCUCGCACCCUCGCUCUCCCUGAUUUGCAACACAAGAAAUUCUCUCUCUCUUUCUAACAAUGUCUCCUUCUCCACCCCUGCACCUCCUAAGUUUGGUGGUCUGAGUAUCAAAUGCGCCCGUGUUGGAGGUGUGGAGAUUCCCAAUAGCAAGCGAGUGGAGUACUCUCUUCAGUACAUCCAUGGGAUCGGCCGAAGCCGAUCUAAGCAAAUCCUCUGUGACCUAGGCAUGGAAAACAAAAUCACCAAAGACCUGUCCGAAGAAGAACUCAUCACUCUUCGUGACGAAGUUUCCAAGUAUAUGAUUGAAGGCGACCUCAGGCGAUUCAAUGCGCUGGCUAUAAGGAGACUGAAGGAGAUACAGUGCUACAGAGGGAUAAGGCAUAUACAGGGCCUGCCCUGCCGAGGACAGCGCACCAAGAACAAUUGCCGGACUUUGAAGGGUAAGCGAGUGAGCAUUGCAGGAAAGAAGAAGGCCCGUUAACCAAUUGAUCUCUGUGAUUGGUGAAAUGUUUUCUGUAUUUUGCAUAUCAAGUACUUUGUAGCAAAAAUUGAGUUACUUUUGUUCUUUCUAAUCCAAUUCGAUUUCUGAUCUUGGGAAGUAUGUGAUUGAUGAAUAUGAUCUUGUAGUGCAAAUUUGAUGCUUUGAAUUAGAGGAGUCCAUCAUCUGAA